GGGGAUGAUAAUUCCAAUUGCUAUUGAAUACCUAUUUGGAUAAUCCAACAUUUAUCUGACCAUCGCACUUAUUUCUUUCCAAUUCACUCUCUUGUUAUGUUAUUAAUGUGGUUUUCUCAAUUUCUCCUUUUGCAAAACAUUGUAUUUGUGACAUCGGAUAAUGUCUUAUUAACAACACCCUGGUCAGACAGUAUUGUAUAUCCUAACAUCUUACUUGACAUAGCCUCACUACUUGCGGACCAUGGUCACAAUGUCACUUUCCUUGCUCUUGAUACAGACGACAACAUACCAGAUAAUAUCAGAUAUCUAGUUGGAAAUGUUAGCAGGACUGAGAAGAUCCUACAAAGAACCGAGUAUCUCCACGAAGUAGCAGAAGCAAGUGGUGCUUUAGCAGGACCCUCAUCUAGACUUAUAACUCAGAGCAUCGUGGGGUCGAACAAAGCUUUAGAGGUCAACAUCGAACAGUUAAAGAUACGAUUUGAUUACCUCAUGAGCAAAGAGGUGGAGGAUAUUAUCAGAGCGGGAAAUUUUUCUCUGAUUAUAGCAGACGAGACAGCCUUCCAUCCAAUAGCACUACAAACAAGGAAAUUAAUGAAACAAAACCAGGAACAGCCUAACCAAAUACCGAUAAUAACUGUGCUCUCUAUAGCAGAUCAGCACAGAUCCCGGAUAGAGCAGAAUCUACCAACUCUUCUUACAAGUGAGGCUGGACAGUUUCUAAAUCUCUACACCUCUUACACGCCACCUGACUUCAAUACCAGACUCACCACUCUGUGGGAGAUUGGUUACUUUGCAUGGCAGGUGGUGCCCAGGAUAUUAUCCCUGUUUACAGGAUAUUUGGAGGAGGCAGGAGUGGGCAGCUUAACCGAACUAGAUAACAUGACUAGCCUGUAUCUAGUUAACGACCAUCCUGCAAUUUCCUUCUCUAAUUUAGCUCCCCCGAACUCUGUUAACAUCGCCUCGCUCAAUUUCAAGACUCCCCGCAAAGUACCGCAACAUUUCACUGAAUUCGUAGAAGAGUGCGGGAAUAGACGUGUCGUGAUGGUGGUUUUGGAAGAAGUAGCGUACAAGAGCAGACUAAAGAAGAUUAAUCAGACUGUCGGAAAACUCAUUUUAGAGUCACUACAGAAAGAGGGAUUUUGUGUUGUAGGACAAAAGUUGCCGUCUCAUUUCAUCAACGAUCAAACAUUUAAUUCAGCAAAUUUGCCCGUUGAAAAUAUCUUGGGCAGUGGAAUGGUAUCCCUCUUUAUUUGCCAAUGUGGGAACAAGCAGAGGAUUCAGGGUGUGUUGUACCAAGUGCCCAUGCUAUGUGUCCCACUAUUUGCGGAUCAGUUCUCAAACUCUGUAUCCGUGGUAAGAAACCAGUUCGGUGCUAUGCUCAUGAGAGAGGAAAUGUCUGAGGAAACUUCCAGUAAUUCGGUCAAGAACGUUCUUGAGCAAUGGGAUGACAUUAAAGCGAACUUAGCUCGAUCAGCAUCAGCAGUUCUUGAUGAUCCGAAUGGUUCAAAACAAGCAGUUCUGUUUUACUGCAACUAUUUGUUAAAAUUUGGGAAUGCGGAUUAUUUGAAAAAUAAAGUUAUCAUGAAACAGAGUGUGAUACAAGUUUACAAUUUGGAUAUUUUAGGUCUUUUAACGAUAAUUUUAGUUGUUUUGGGUUGUUUUCUUUUUAUAUUAAUGAGGACAUCUUUUAAGUUUUGUGGUUGGUUUAUACAGAAGAAACUGAAAUCAGACUGAAUUUGAUCAUAUAUUAGUAAUAUAGUAGUAUAAUAUUACUGUUAUUAACCUCGAUGAAGUUUUUCGCUGUUUAGUUUUUUUA